CAGACACACACAUACACACACCCUCGAGCAGAAGCAGCAGAGCUGUGUGGGUGUGAGGCAGCAUGAGAAGUGAUAUCUGUACUUCCACACAUACAGCUGGCAGAUAGACUAACUUACUGUAGUUACAACAGGCACACACACACCUAUUGUACGCACAGUCACUAGCACACCUUGAUUAUUGACGGGCGCACACACUCACUCGCAGAAGUCAACAUGGGUCUUGUGAUGGGAACCUUUUCCAUGCAAUCCAAGCAGGUCAGCUACCACAAAGACAAAGCUGACGAUGACCUGGAAAUGACCAUGGUGUGUCAUCGGCCGGAGGGCCUUGACCAGCUAGAAGCUCAGACUAACUUCAGCAAAAGAGAGCUCCAAGUGCUCUACCGGGGCUUCAAGAAUGAGUGUCCGAGUGGCAUUGUAAAUGAGGAAACUUUCAAGCAAAUAUACUCCCAGUUCUUCCCACAUGGAGAUGCCAGCACCUACGCACACUACCUGUUUAAUGCCUUUGACACAGCACAUUCAGGCUCCAUAAAGUUUGAGGACUUUGUAACAGCUCUGUCCAUCCUGCUGAGAGGCUCCAUCACUGAGAAACUCCAGUGGACCUUCAACCUCUAUGAUAUCAACAGAGACGGAUACAUCAACAAAGAGGAGAUGACAGACAUCGUCAGAGCGAUAUAUGACAUGAUGGGGAAGUACACGUACCCUGUCUUGAAAACCGACGCACCCAAACAGCAUGUGGAUGCCUUUUUUCAGAAAAUGGACAAAAACAGAGACGGGGUUGUCACUCUUGAUGAGUUCAUCCUUUCUUGUCAAGAGGAUGAAAACAUCAUGAGGUCUCUACAGCUGUUUGAAAACGUCAUCUAGACAACAAAGAAGAGGGAAAUGCGGUGCAACGGACGAAAGCACAGACUGGGAGAGGAGAAAAGAACAAAGAAAAAAAGAGAAGGAGGAGAAGGAGAGGGAGGUGAACCUGCAGAGAACACACCCUGCGGAUGAAGGGAAACAAGCACUUUGGGUUUGACAGACUGUCACAAAACUGUAUGGAAGGUGUUUCGCUGUAACAAAUCCAUGGUGACAAACCAUCACUGGUUUUUGGAAAAUCAGACUCAACCCGUCACCUUCAUUCGACCUUUCUGUAACCAUUUACCUCCAUCUCCCUCGUUUGUUGCUGUUCGUUAUUUUAAGUCACCUCGGGACAGUGUGUAUUUUACCCCACUGUGUAAAUAGUGAUCCUCUCACAAUUGGUCGAAUACCUUUCUGAAAUAUGUAAAUUGAACCACAUUAUCAAGCAGGUCUCCCUAAAAGCAGCUUAGCAGUGAGAUCAACCAAAUGCAUACUUGGUGCAUUAAUGGCUUAAAUAAUAACUGUUCCCAUCACAAAUUUUCUGUGUCAGUGCAUCGAACACGAGCAAUAGUGUAAAGCAUGCGAGAAAGAGGUGCACAGUAUAUUUAUGUGCCAUUAAAAAGUGGUGGAGAUAUACUGAACAUCCUGCUAUGUGGAUUCAUUUUGGAGGACAGGUGUGGGUGUAUCAUCUCACAACGCCACCUCAACUUGUUUUCAGAAGUCUAGUAAAUUCAGACACAGAGCUGAGUGUGCGAUAGUCUUACAUCUUGUGACAAGCUUGCGACAAAAACGCCCUCUUAACUCCUCCUGUGUGUGCGUGUGUGUGUGUGUGUGUGUUCCAGUGGUGUGAGUCAGUGUUUCAAUGUUGUAACAACACAAAUUGUAGAUAUUUAACUGUCGUAUUUGUGGCUUUUACUCACUGUCUGUCUGUGUGUUUCUGGUCCUAUCUGUCUGUCUGUCUAUCUAUCUGUCAGAUUGGAUAUAACUGUAAUUCUAGUACCUUGACGCUCAUUGUACACUUGAACUGAUGGCUUGUUAAUAAAAGAGAACAUUUAGAGGUUUACUGGCAUAUAAAUGCAGAGCGACACAGGGAUGUCCGUGUGUGUGUGUAUGUGUGUAGUGUCCUGAUGUAAAGUUUCUGUUUGCCUGAAUAUUAAAAUGUCUUUUAUUCAAGCAUGUACUGUAGCUUCAUCUUGUGGACAUUACAACUAGGUGAACUGACCGUGUCUCUGCUAGAGAGGAGAGUUUUGUCUUCAACUCUUGUCUGUUUAAUAAAACUCAGAACUACCAACCUUUCACUGUGAGGGAGAGACAGAAAAGUGGGAGUUGUGGAAGGAGGGACGAUGGAGAAAGAGUAGAGGGAAGACAAAGAUGAGAGAAUAUGAGGGAAGAUGAGAGUAAAGACCUUUUCACUGAUUCCUGAAGGAAUGGAAGCCAUGUUUCAAACAAGAGCCAUCGUUUUGAAGAUUGAGCAAGGCAAAAAAAAAAAUAAUAAUACAGAUUUAAAUAUGAUUUACUGUCAUGCCCUCUCACUGUGCUACCAAUAGUGUGAUUAUAUUCUUUGCUGAGAUGUGCUGCGGCUCGUCUCAGAUGUACCCAGACAUACAUCCAGACAGACUGACAGAUGAACAGACAGACAGGCAUACAGACACACAGCU